AGCAAAACAAUCUAGAAUCAAUGUGAACACAACAACUUCCCCUCAAAGAAAAUUCUAAGACUAACCAGCCACCUUAAAAAGUCCCCUUCCGUAACCUCAUCCUUCAGCCUUAGCCACCAAUUUGCAGCUCACCCUUCCCUGUUUUCAAAUCCUCUCCUGAAGUCCUUUACCGUACCCUCCCUUUUUCACUAAUGAGUAAACCACCACGCUUUGAUUUGCUCCUUGUGUUACUCUUCACUGUCAUUGCCUUGGCCUCUGAUAGUGUCACCGCUACACCAAUAACCCAACUAUUCAAAGAAGCCCCACAAUUCUACAACUCUCCAGAUUGUGCUGUGCUGGUUGAUGAAGAUGAAUCAGACGGUGAAGCCUCCAUCUUGUGCUCGGAUCAAGCGGUUCAUGUGGCAAUGACUCUUGACACGGCUUACAUCCGGGGAUCCAUGGCGGCUAUUCUUUCGGUACUUCAACACUCCUCUUGCCCUCAGAACAUCGCCUUCCAUUUCGUAGCCUCUGCCACGGCCAACGCGACGUUUUUACGCGCCACCAUCUCUUCCUCCUUCCCAUACCUCAACUUCCGGGUCUACCCUUUUGAUGACUCCUCUGUCUCGCGCCUCAUUUCGACCUCCAUCCGCUCAGCUCUGGAUUGCCCUUUGAACUACGCUCGAAGCUACUUAGCCAAUCUCCUUCCUCCAUGCGUCCGCCGUGUCGUGUACCUUGACUCGGACCUCGUUCUCGUCGAUGACAUAGCUAAACUCGCCGCAACCCCACUUGGAGACGACUCAGUCUUGGCCGCACCAGAGCAUUGCAAUGCAAACUUCACCACCUAUUUUACCCCGACGUUUUGGUCUAACCCUUCUUUAUCCUUAACUUUCGCGAACCGCAAACCCUGUUACUUCAACACCGGAGUUAUGGUAAUCGACCUUGAUCGAUGGAGAGAGGGAGACUACACCACAAAGAUUGAAGAAUGGAUGGAGCUUCAGAAAAGAAUAAGGAUUUACGAAUUGGGUUCUUUGCCACCAUUUUUGUUAGUUUUCGCCGGAAAUAUAGUGCCGGUUGAUCAUAGAUGGAACCAGCAUGGGCUCGGGGGAGAUAAUUUUAGAGGUUUGUGCAGAGAUUUGCAUCCUGGUCCGGUUAGUCUUUUGCAUUGGAGUGGAAAAGGGAAACCUUGGGCGAGGCUUGAUGCUAACAGACCCUGCCCUUUGGACGCUUUGUGGGCACCAUAUGAUCUCCUGGAAACUCCAUUCGCUUUAGAUGCUUGAUUGAAUUGAAAGAAACGGGAAAUGCUUGUUAAUUUGCAGCUGGACUACAAUUGGUUAGCUGCCAACUUUUCUGGGCAAGUGUUAGUUUGCUGAGAAAGUGACGGAAUCAUCAAGAAAGGGUGGAAGCGUUAUGAUGGAGGAGAAGAAUGGGGGAGAUGAUAAAGUUGUUUGUUGUAGAUUAUAACAGGUAUUAUAUUAUACUGCAUAUAAUCUUUUACACCUUGAACAUGAUGAAAUUUUUUGUAAGAAGAAUAAGGAGAAGAAAAUCCAGAUAAUGAGUUCCUGAGAUCUUCAUUUCGGAUGUAUGGUGAUUACUGCAAUCAAAAUCUGUAUAGUGAAUUUUCAUGAUUAUUAUUAUUUGUUUAAUAAAUAUAAAUAUUGGCUUAAUUUGUACAUAA